GGAAAAUAUACUAUUUGAAUAGGAGAGAGCCAUUAGUAUUGCACAGAGCCUUGUUUGCAGUCUCUUUUCUCAAGGGUAUAGCCAGCUUAUUUUCGUGAAAUUUUGAAUCGUUUUGAGCAGGAGGAAUUCAGUAGCACUAGUAUCGUGUUCUUGGUUGCCGUGUAAAGACCGGUGGGAAUUCUCGUCACCGAAUAAAGCCUUGUCUGUUGUUCUGAUAACUGGAUUAUAUUUGGAUUAAAAGUUGGAUUAAUGAUCUGGAUAUUUGAGCAGAUAUGUCUGCGAAACAUGAAGUGCUCUUUUCGUGUAAUUUCGAAACGACUGCCUGUGUGAACAGCAUCAAACAAGAGAAACAGAAUGACGAGAUCGAUUUCAAGAUCAGGGCUGGGUGGGAUGGAGAGUGGUCAACAGGGCCCGAGACUGAUCACACGUUCAAGAAUAGCACAGGCAAUUACUUCUUCAUCGACGCCAACGCCGACGGCGUCCAGAUGGGCGAUCGCGCCGUCAUCCACCUCCUCGAGGAGGGGCAGCGGUUCCGAGAGGGCACGGCCGUGCUCUCCCUCGCCUUCCACAUGCUCGACAACUACGGGCCCCGCAACCAGAUGGGCACGCUCAACGUCUACACCGACUGCGGAGGGGUGAGGAACGUGACGUGGUCCGUCGACGGCGACCAGGGAAUGAAUUGGCACAAAGUCAGCAUUGGUCUGGAGUGCGAUCAGGAACCAGUUCAGAUUUCCAUCGAGGCCGUCCGGAAUGGUGUACUGAGCGAUAUUGCUAUAGAUGAUGUACAACUCAUUGAUAUAUUCGAGGGUGAUCCCCUUCCCCCGGCAACUCACAGCACCUCUAAAGGUCCCAGCUCAUCUGGAAGCACGCCCCCACCGUCCAGCGGCAUGUCAGGAUCAACUCACCUCACAAACCCCGGGAUGGGGGGCACGUCUGGGCGCACUCCCAUGCCUGGAGGAUCAGGGACCAUCACUCCUCCGAUCGGGAAUGGCCCGAACGACGGGCUUGGUCUUGACAUCAUCGUCCCUAUCGCAGCAGCAGCCCUGGUCGCACUCAUCCUCAUCAUCAUCCUCGUCAUCGUCCUCAUCAUUCAUAGGCAGAGGAAAUCUAGCAAAGGCGGCGGAGAAACAUUGGAACCCCCUUCACAGCUAUACGAGAACAACAUCUUUGCGGAUGCCUCACCCGACCGGAAGUACGAGUCCCUUCAAGGCCCUCUGUCCAACUCUGAUCGCAUCUACGAGGAACUCAACCACAAGAAAUCCACCUUGGAGAUGCGACCGAAAGGCAAUCCUGCAACGCGGGUUCCUCACCCAGCAAACAGGAUGAACGGCUACCUGCCGCCGGCCAUGCGGCGGAGCAUGCCGGAGCUGGGGGAUAACUUCUACGAUCGGAUCAACGAUCGGGUGAAUGAGCGACCGGUUGAGCGCGUCGUCCCCGUGGAAUCGGCGACGCUGAACAACAACAACGUAUCAAGGGCGGAUAAUAGCCAAAACAGUUACAUUGACAGGAGUCAGACCUACCAUCCUGGCGUGAGGGGGAGCUACCCCGAAGAUCAUCCCUAUUUUACGCUGAUGCCUGACGUGGUGUCAUCGACAGCAUUUCAGGAUGAUCGAAUCCUCUUCUCCAUUCCACCGCCGCCGUCUUCCACCCCACCCCCACUGCCACCGCCCCCUCGCGAUUACGACUACGGCCGACCGCUUGCCUCGGGAAUGAUCGAAGAAGAGGAGGUCAACGAAUACCACGAUGUCCUCGACGUGGACAAGCGACGCCCGUUGUCGAUCAACUCCGAUUUCGAUGACGACGACGCGCUGGGUCGGCAUCGUCUAGCAAUGGAUAUGGUGGCCGAUAGGGGUUUUGAUAUGGGGAGUGACUUGAGGCUGAGCCGAGACACGGACAUCAGCGGUAGGAUGGAUCUCGACUUUGAUAUGGAUGUUGACAUGCGGAUGUCCGCCGACGGCGAGGCCGACAUCCAUAAUAUGGACACGCUGGAGUUGCCGCGUGCCGCUGGCGGUUACGACCGUGGCCGUGACCGGCGAAGUCGAGAUAUGGAAAUCGAGAGAAACCUCGACCACCCUCAUCCGCAUCCCUCCCACCACCUUCAUCAGCGGUACGGGGGAAGCCUCGGUAGCAUAGAUAGAAGGCGGAACGUCGUCGCCGACAACGACGUCGAGCAAGAACUGAAAGAGUAUGAACAGCAUCCCUCCCCUUACCACCACAUAGAAGAGGAUCCACAGGGCCACAUACGAAUGGUUAAUCUCAACUACUCACCAUCCGUUGUUCAUGUAUAACAUACAACACAUUCACGUUAUGCCUCAGAUCUGUUUUUUUUAAUUUCGAUAAGACAACGAUGUGCUUAUGUACAGUUUCUUUCAGCUGCCAAUACAAUUAGCUUCUUGUCCGUUCAAAUGAUUUUCUCUGCAUGCUCCAAACUUUUAAAUAAGUACUAGCCUAAGGGGCCUGUCAGAGAAGAAAGUCCAAAUCCACGAAGACAAGAAGAUUCUAUCGUAUGCAGCCUGUGUUAAGAGAAAGCUCUAUCGUGUGGCGCCACAACAGAGGUAGUCCGAGACCGCCUAGGAGACUGGAAAUUGCAAAGGAUAUUGUAUAAAUAGUACGCAACUACUUUUUUGAUACAUAGAUAUUCAUGAACAUAUUUUCAUUACAUAUAUAAAUGAAUUAUAAAAGAAUAUAUUGUAUAGUUAUGUGAACAAAUAUUCAUAAUUUGCUCAAGUGUUAUGUUAUGAUGCUCCUUGAGUAAUUUAUUCAAUUGUGAGAGCAAUAUACUCGUACUCAGAUGUACAAGGUCAUGUCACUGAAAAGUAAGAGUACAAGUCACUCUUUUCAAGGAGUGAAUGUAACUCGAUUUUGAUUGACUUAUAGGACUGAACGGUAAAAUUUUACUCAAUGUGAGUGGCUUGCGGCUAAAACUUGACGUUGCACUAUAUAAAAUUGUUAAAUCGACUCCAAAUUCACUCGUUUUUAUUCAUAAAAGAGUAAUUUGCUCACUCCUUUUUCAGAGAGUAGUGAGCUUCUGUAGCAUAAGUUUAAGCACGCGCACAAGACCUGUAAACGCAUCGAUAUAUUGAAAAUCACUAUUUGUUAUCAAGAUGUUUUUGUGAAUCCAGUUGCGUAUCUUGAUGAAGUUUAACGCAAGAAGACUUGCCCCUCAUUGUCUUGCCUGACUUACGCCAAGAAUGAUAGAUUGUAAUUCUCGCUUUUAAAUUCUUUCCGAGCAAUGUACAUUAUUUCACUUUACUAAUUCGUUUCGUUUUACUGUAUAGUUUUGUUCUGUUAGCUUGUUCGAUUCAAAGUUAGUUUCCGUCAGUGCAAAAUCAAAGAAUGAUCGAAACACAUGCAGUGAUAAUAAUAAUGGAAAGAUAAUUGAUUCAUUGUUUUUUGGUGAAGAAGGAUGGAGAGGUAUUUUCUUUUAUCUGAUUUGAAUCUUCCACAUAUACUUUCCAAUGUAGUAUAUUUUCAAAAGUAAUGAGUUGAAAAAGAUAAAUUUCUUUAUCGACGGUUUGCCCAGGAAAGUUACAUUAUAUGAUGUUCCCUGUUGUUAAUCAGGGCGAUUCCAUGCUAGAAAAAUCAACCAUUUUCACAAAAUAUUUCAACCUGCUGUCCAACUAAAUGAGAAAGGUCAAUUUGUAUUGUGGUAAUAAUAAAGUACUAUGUCGUCUAUGGGUGAAUUGUAGAGGUGAAAAUGUUGCGUGUCGUACGGGACAUUUCUGACUCCCGUACGACACACAACAUUUUCGCCUUUAAUUCACCCAUAAUAAAACAUUUUACAUUGGUUAUCAGUUUUCCACUGUAACUUCAUCAUUGACAAAAAAGAGAAAAUUUUACUGCUCAAGCAUCCAGCUAAGAGAUAAGAUAUUGUUUUCAAAAUGUCCCGUACUACACGUAUGGAGUCGCCCAUCAACGGAUAGAAAUAAAGUUUCAACUCUAAUUGUUUAGUUUUUCAUUUCUACGAUUGUUUCCCAGAAAUUCAGGUUGAAAAUUCAGGACCAACAAAUUUCCAAUGAUUGCAUAAAAGAAACUGUUGGAAAUAACAAAGUACAGAAGAUAACUUCUAAUCAAUGAUUAAAGGAAAAGGACAUGUUAUCUACAGUACUUUAUUUAUGUUCAGGAAAUUUUUGCAUCCAUUUUUACAUGUUGUCAUGUAAAAUAAUGAAUCACACUUACUUUUUUAAAAUAAUUUUUUACGUGCUAUAUAAAAAAAAUGAAAAAGAUAUUUGCUGCAGAUUAAAUAAGACAGAAUAAUUUUGCACCAAUAUUAGCAACUUUUAGGGCUUUGAAAAAAAUUGUUUUUCAAUUAAAAGUACAUGAGCCUCGAAGCCUCGUUUUGUAAUUACAUCUUAUGAUUCACUACUUUCAAAUAUAUGGGUUCGAAGUGUCCAUAAAUAUUCAUGUGAAAACCAAAGGCGUAUAUUGUGUAGAUAUAAGUUACCAAUGAUAAUUAUUAUAUACAUCUCAUAAGAUUUACUUUGUAUUAUGUUCUUUUCAAAUAAUGUUUUUGAUGUAUAUUAUGUGUUCAAAAUGUUCAUUUAUGGUUAAUGGCAACUAAUUUGGCAAGUGCUGGGGCCAACAGAAAAAUUAAAAGUUGUACAGCUAUUUUCCAAGUAUAAUGUGAAAAGAGGUACUAAACUAAUUUUAAUUAUUAAUGAUUUGAGCCAUUAUACAAUAAAGAAUGGCGUUAGGUGUUAUGUGCAUUUUCAAAGGAUUUUAUUGACGUUUAACUCAAUUGGUUAAUUUAAAAUAAAAUCAGGCCAGGGAAUGGUCAGUCCUUGAUCAGAAAUAACAUUGCUAUUCUUCAGUUUGCAUAAAUCUUAUUUUAAAUUACAACGAGCUGAUAUCAAUUUUAUGUACAUCACAAAAUGAAAACCUAACGCAAGUUUUGGAUUUUAAAUUUUGAAACCUAACUUUGGGUAAUCUUAGAGUGUCAUGCACGUUGAUUCCAGAAACAAUGGAAGAGUCAAUUUCAGGAUUAUUGCUCAAAUCAUUAAUACGAGGAGGGGGAUCAAUACCAAAUGGUCUUUGAGAAUUAAAGAAAAAUAAUCCAAAAUAU